AUGAAGAGCAUGCCAAUCUACAAAGCUGAGACUCCCAUGGUAUCAUUUUUCAGACUGGGCUCUGUGUCUUCGUCCAAAUCUCAGCUCAUGAAUGCCUUGAUCAACGACCGCCACCACACAUUCUUCCAUAGAAACUGCCCAGGCAGCACCAAAUCUCGUUAUUUGAUGGAUGGUGUGGCAGAGAUUGCCUGGUACUGCCCUGCUGGAAAACCCAACGAUUUCUUUACUGACUGCAUUGCCUUCUGUAAUCUUCAUGGGGAUUCACUAAAAACUAUAAAACAGCGUGAAUUAUUGACGGAAAAGUCCUCAGUCAUUGCUGUUCUGGUAGAAUCUUUGGAAAAAGGCCAGGAAAGUAUUGAAGUCAUUUCAGAGCUUUACAAGUCUCCAAAGCCUCUGAUUAUUCUCAUUGCUGACAAUGGAUGUAGUGCAGUUGAGAUGAAACCACAAAAAUAUAAACUGGGUCUGAAAGAAAGAAGCCAGUCGGAUGUUUCUGAAGAACUGAAAGAUAUAAUACAAACCAUUUUGUCUGGAGCUCUCACAGCCUUUCAGCUAGAAACUUUGGCCAGUGACCCCAGAGUCACAGCAGAUGAAGACACAGAGGUAGACAUUGAGAAAGAAAGAAGUCAGAAAAUCCAGCAGCUAAUAGAGCUGCGACAGAAGCAGUGUGACCUGUCCAACAGUGAACUGAUGAUAUUUCUUCAAUUCUCCAAGAGUAUGAUAACAAAUGGUCAGAAGUCCCUGGAACUAAAGAAGAAACAUGACAAAUCUGCUAACUUCAAUCUCAAACAAGAUGACCUUAACCAGUUAUCAAAAAAGCUCCAAUCAGCAACUUUUGGUCUAGAACACAUCUUCAGAGAAAUGGGGCAGAUCUAUGAAGCACAUAAAUCUUUGGAAAAACCAUCACCAGGCCAACAGGCUGAAUGGACUAAAUACCCUGAGCUGGCUGCCGAUCUGAUGAUAAAAGGACACCCGAUGGAGCUGAUGGAUGGUGAUGCUGGUCAUGUGCCUUUAAUCUGGGUCUCCAGUCUUAUACAGGAAGUCAUCAAGAAACUGGGAGACCAGCGAGUCUUUGUGCUGUCAGUUCUUGGAGUGCAAAGCAGUGGAAAGUCAACAAUGCUGAAUGCCAUGUUUGGAUUGCAGUUUGCAGUGAGUGCUGGGAGGUGCACCAAAGGUGCUUACAUGCAGCUGGUUAAACUGUCAGAUGAAAUCCAGAACGACUACAAGUUUGACUAUAUUCUAGUUGUUGACACUGAAGGACUGCGUGCUCUUGAGUUAGCAGGCAAUGCCACCCUUCAUGACAAUGAACUUGCAACAUUUGUUGUUGGUCUUGGAAACAUGACCUUAAUAAACAUCUUUGGUGAAAAUCCAGCUGAGAUGCAAGAUGUCCUGCAGAUCGUUGUGCAGGCUUUGAUGAGGAUGAAGAAAGUCAAGCUUUCUCCAAGUUGUGUGUUUGUUCACCAGAAUGUCACAGAUAUCGCAGCAGCAGAGAAAAACAUGGAUGGAAAAAGACGCCUGCAGGAAACACUGGACAAGAUGGCUCAACUAGCUGCUAAAGAAGAAGUGUGUGAUGCUGAGUGCUUCAGUGAUGUCAUCGCAUUUGAUGUGCAAAAAGAUGUGAAAUACUUUGCUCAGUUGUGGGAGGGAAGUCCACCAAUGGCUCCUCCAAAUCCAGGGUAUAGUGAGAGUGUCCAAGAACUGAAGACCAUCAUCCUCUCUAAGGCUAAACCGUUUGAUGGGAUCCUUUUGUCACAUUUCAAUGCCAAGAUUCAGGACCUGUGGAAUGCGUUGAUGAAUGAAAACUUUGUUUUUAGCUUCAAAAACACACAAGAAAUUGCAGUUUACAGAAAACUGGAGGUUGAGUAUGGAAAUUGGACUUGGACCCUGAGGAGUGAAAUGCUGAACAUUGAAAACCAACUUUAUCCCAAGAUUGAAAAGGGGCAGCUGGACAAAGUUGAGCUCAGUUACCUUUACAAAGAAAUUAGCAAAACUUACAAAGCAGUAACAGACAGUUUAGGAGCUUACUUCGACAAUGACAAGGACAAAGAAAUGCUGGUUCAGUGGAAAGGCCGAUUUGAGAACAAAAUCAAAGAGUUUAAUGAGGAACUUGUGAGAGCUGUGAAAAGAAAACUGGAGGAUGUUAUCCAGCAGAAUACUGCUAGAAUUAAACUUGAAAAGAAGAAAACUGAGUUUCAAAACCAACUCUUCCAGAAGAGUAAAGAGCUUGCUACCAUAUUAAAAUCCUUAGCAGAAGAUGAAGAGGAAUUAAAAGAGCAGUUUAACACUGUCUGGAUUCAUUGGGUUAAGGAGUUAACCUCAGAUGCAAAACCAAUUGAGGACAUACAUUUGGAGGAAGAUGAUGACAUAAAGAAUUUUGACUUUCUGAAAGAAGAGAUGGAGAAAGGCCUGAAAAUUAUCACAGUGGAAAUGAACAGUCUGCCCCUGGAAAAGGUGAAGGAAUGCAGGCAGAAGCCUGAACAAAUCCUCAUUGAUCAGCUGUGUAACUGCUGCUGGGUCAUUGUCAUGUCCUGA